GUGAACUGCAUAUCUCUUGACCGACGCAAGAACUAUCUCUGAUGAUCUCAAGAUGUCUCUGGCAAUACUAGAAACACUAGAAGAUUCGAUGCAAGAUCAACCCUAUACACACCUCAUCAAUUUACCAGAGCAGUCAUGGCCCGGGCUUAGCUCUAUGUCGGCGUCAGUGUACGACACAGCCUGGCUGUCCAUGGUGAAGAAGCCAAGCAGUAGUGGCGGAGCCAGUAACUGGCUCUUUCCAGAGUGCUUUGAGUUUAUCUUAAAACAACAACUUCCGUCAGGCGCCUGGGAGUCAUACGCUACGCCUAUGGACGGGAUUUUAAACACCUCAGCAGCGUUGUUGGCGCUGAGAACACGCGUGAGAACACAAUCGAAUGGGCCAAACCACGACGAGUUGAUGGUGAGAAGUAGUAGGGCCGAGGUGGCAUUGAAGCAGCUGUUAUCUGAAUGGGUUAUAGCACAACCAGUCGAUCAGGGUGGACCGGAAUAUCUUGUCAUAUCUCUUUUAGAGCUGUUGAAAAACGAAGGGGUCUCUAUCGAAUUUCCAGGCCAGGGAAUAUUACGAGCCAUUCGUGGAGAGGUACUAGCCAGGUAUUCUCCAUUGACAAUAUACCAGACAACAUCGAAGUUGCAUGGUUCGCUUGAGGGGUUCGUUGGUCACGUUAAUUUCGAUGAGGUCCGGUUAUGUCGAGACCGGAAUGGCUCGAUCAUGGGAUCUCCAGCAUCUACUGCUGCCUACUUAAUGAAUUGCUCGGAUUGGGACCAUGAAGCCGAAGCAUAUCUACAGAGUGUCGUCGCUGCACAUGAAUAUUAUGGCCAAGCUGGGGUCCCUAGUGCUUGGCCUACAAACUUCUCUGAAGUAUUCCGGAUGGCUGCUCCCUCAACCUCUGCGGGACUCUGUGUCAAAGGAGCGAACGCGCUCGACUUAAGCAACGUUAUGGAAGAAUCAUUUGAAAACCGGAAACUCUCCGACCCCAGUCCGAGAAGUCUGCUCAAUCACGACACCGCCACCAAGUGCGAAGCCCCUUAUUCUAUGGACUACACCAGCCCCUCAGAUGUGAACACCCGGCCGUACGAAGGAAAUACGUGCCUUGAUACAUGUUCCAAUGAACGCGCGCCUGGUUUCAGCGCCAAUUGUAGCGCUUUGAUAUCACUGCUCGAAUGUGAAAACAGACAUCAAAACCUUCCACAAAUUGCAAAGAUCCUUCGACACUUGGUGGACAUAGUUUUCAAGGGAUGUGUGCAAGAUAACCGGAGCCUAAAUGAGCUUUAUUGGAUGAUGCUUCUUACCAGAGCGUUUGAGCUCCUUUUCUCUCAUCAUCAACUAGCAUCAGCAUUAUUUAAUGUCGAUGUCAAUCUACGAUGCGAGAUUCCGAUGAUCGCGCUGCACAUAUUGUCAAAAAUUCUCCAGACCCAGCAAAGUGAUGGAUCCUGGGACAACAACUGUGAAAUCACGUCCUACGGUGUCUUAACCUUAGCUUCACUUUCCAAGCUACCUUCCAUCCAGCAGCUCGGGGAUAACAGUAGAGUUCCGGGGGCCAUUGCCUCCGCGAAAUCAUAUCUACAUCAAAACAAGAGCGAAUGGCGCACGGGUUGCUAUCAUUGGAUCGGCAAAGUUACAUAUAAAUCUCCUGUGCUCAGUGAAGCUUAUUGUCUGGCUGCAGCAGCUGUUCCUACGCACUCAGAUAAACACAUUGACGCUGGCGGUCCUAUGAGACAGUUAUUCUUUGUCCCGUGGGAGGUUAUCAUUAGUAUGAGGAAAUCCGGGGAGCUCCUCGCGCGCACACCAAUGUUCCGGAAGAGCGAAGCGUUCACGUUGCGCAUGGCUGAGCUAAAGGCUGCCUUUGCCAUGCAGCUACUAGACCGCCAGACUCCAGCCAUCUUCCCAAGAACAGCCAAAGGGAAAGACAAGUAUAUCUUCUUUAUACCUUUGGUUCUAACAGCUUGCGCAGAGCUAUACGGUUGUACUGUCAGUCUCUCCUCUAUAUAUGAGGUAAUGGUCUUGUCUGUUCUCAACUUCCACGUGGACGAGUUCAUUGAGGGGGUUAUAGAACGACAUUUCAUGGACAAUCUGGAUGCUGUUCGUAAUGUCGUCGUGGAUCUCUGCGAAGAAUUAUCUUUGGAAUCCACGACAAAGAAUGAUAAGGAUGGGGAAAAGGCGAACGAAGCUGGCUGCAAUGAACUUAAAGCAAGCUCAAUUAGCUCGGAAGAAAAUGUCGAGGCCAAGGAGAACCGUCCCUCCAUUGCGGAAGUCAGGAAUGUGCUGCGUCAGUAUGUAGCAUACAUUCUUCACCACCAAGAUGUCUUGUCGAGCCCAGCUGCUCUACAGCGGCGAUUGGCUCGUGAUUUGCAGACUUUCUUACUAGCGCAUCUCUCACACGCGGAAGACAAUCGACGGCUGCGUGCACAACUCGAUUCCUGUAUUGAGAACAGCAUUCAACAGCAGGAGAAUCACCCAACACAAGCGGUAGUUCCCAGCUCCCUUGUGGAAUACCAAGACGCAAAGCAGAGCUUCUAUCAAUGGGUUCGAAGCACCUCGGCCGACCACACGUCAUGCCCAUUCUCCUUCUUCUUUUUCAAUUGUUUGACCUACGCGGCAUCAUCACCAGCAAAGCAAGCCCGCGGCGGUAUCCUCGCUUCUGCAAGGACGGCGUACUUGGCAGAAGACGCUUGCCGCCAUCUCGCCACGACGUGCCGAAUGUAUAACGAUCUAGGAUCGACGGCUCGAGACGCGGACGAGCGGAAUUUGAACUCGACCAACUUUCCCGAGUUUUCUGCUCGCCAGAGCCACCACUCAUUAGGAGGAGACUGUGUUGAUUUGCGCACAAAAGCCAAAGAUGAAUUGUUAUGGCUUGCAAGAUACGAGGAGAAAGGAUUGAAGAUGUCGCUGGAUCUGCUGGAAGAGGAAUUAGGAGAUGCUAAUUUGAUGAGUCACUUGCGUUUCUUCGUCAAUGUUACGGAGCUUUAUGGUCAGAUAUAUGUGUUGAAAGACGUUGGGACACGCACGCAGUAGGUAAGAUGGGGCUUGAUAGAGGAAUUUUCUUUAUAUGAUUUCUGGUGAAGACGGACAGCUGUGGUUGCUUCACGAAAAUACAUGUUUCUUAUGUAAAGAGGGUGUGAAGACGAAAGUUUGCGUGUUAUUCUAACGCAAUCUUGGUUUUGACAGUUAGUCUUUGCGGGCUUUACGAAAUGGAGUUAAAUGAAUAUUAAAUUGCC